ACGGGCCAAGGCAACGUGUUGGGGAUCCAGAGGACACGUGGCGAGGGCGGUAGCCAGGGAAGGAGGACACGCGAGGGGCAUGGUGGUCUCGGAACGCUCCAGCCGCGGGGGCUGGGCCGCUAGGACUGCGCAUGCGUUAGCGCUCCGGCGACGCCCCUGAGUUCCGGGGUGCAGGUGGGCAUGAUUGACAGCCCCCGUCCCAGGAGUCCUCCGGAAGGCAGGCCGCCAUGUCCACGUUUAGGCAGGAAGAUGUUGAGGACCACUAUGAGAUGGGAGAGGAGCUGGGCAGCGGCCAGUUUGCCAUCGUGCGCAAGUGCCAGCAGAAGGGCACGGGCAUGGAGUACGCGGCCAAGUUCAUCAAGAAGCGGCGCCUGCCGUCCAGCCGGCGCGGUGUGAGCCGGGAGGAGAUUGAGCGCGAGGUGAGCAUCCUGCGAGAGAUCCGCCACCCCAACAUCAUAACGCUGCACGAUGUGUUCGAGAACAAGACAGACGUGGUGCUCAUUCUGGAGCUGGUGUCCGGCGGCGAGCUCUUCGACUUCCUGGCCGAGAAGGAGUCGCUGACGGAGGACGAGGCCACACAGUUCCUCAAGCAGAUCCUGGACGGAGUCCACUACCUGCAUUCCAAGCGCAUUGCGCACUUUGACCUGAAGCCCGAGAACAUCAUGCUGCUGGACAAGCACGCGGCCAGCCCGCGCAUCAAACUCAUCGACUUUGGCAUCGCGCACAGGAUCGAGGCCGGCAGCGAGUUCAAGAACAUCUUCGGCACUCCCGAGUUCGUGGCCCCCGAGAUCGUCAACUACGAGCCGCUGGGCUUGGAGGCUGACAUGUGGAGCAUCGGCGUCAUCACCUACAUCCUUCUGAGUGGGGCGUCUCCGUUCCUGGGGGAGACCAAGCAGGAGACCCUGACAAACAUCUCGGCGGUGAACUACGACUUUGAUGAGGAGUACUUCAGCAGCACAAGCGAGCUGGCCAAGGACUUCAUCCGCAGGCUGCUGGUCAAAGACCCCAAGAGGAGGAUGACAAUCGCGCAGAGCCUCGAGCACUCCUGGAUCAAGGUGCGAAGGCGCGAGGACGGCGCCCGGAAGCCGGAGCGGCGGCGGCUGCGCGCGGCGCGCCUGCGCGAAUACAGCCUCAAGUCGCACUCGAGCAUGCCGCGCAACACGAGCUACGCCAGCUUCGAGCGCUUCUCGCGCGUGCUAGAGGACGUGGCGGCUGCAGAGCAGGGGCUGCGCGAGCUGCAGCGGGGUCGGCGCCAGUGCCGGGAGCGCGUGUGCGCGCUGCGCGCGGCCGCCGAGCAGCGGGAAGCGCGCUGCCGGGACGGGAGCGCGGGGCUAGGUCGCGACCUGCGGCGCCUGCGCACAGAGCUAGGACGCGCCGAGGCCUUGCGCACGCGCGCGCAGGAGGAGGCGCGGGCGGCGCUGCUGGGUGCCGGGGGCCUGAAGCGCCGCCUGGGUCGCCUGGAGAACCGCUACGACGCGCUGGCCGCGCAGGUGGCUGCCGAGGUGCAGUUUGUGCGCGAUCUGGUGCGCGCGCUGGAGCAGGAGCGACUGCUGGCCGAGUGCAGCGUGCGCUAGGCUGAGGCCGUGGAGCCCCGCACCGCACCCCGGGACCUCGGACCCCCGCGCAACCCCGGAAUAAAGUUGCUUUCCACGUA